AAGAUAGACAGAGGAUAGGAGAGGCGCGGGCAUGGCGGGCGGCAAGAUCCAGAAGAAGCGCGACCAGCAUCGGUGGGGCGGCGGCGUUCCCUUCGAGAAGUCGAAGGGGCAGCACAUCCUGAAGAACCCCAUGCUGGUGGAGACCAUCGUCCACAAGUCCGGGAUCAAGCCGACCGACGUCGUCCUCGAGAUCGGACCCGGCACUGGGAACCUCACCAAGAAGCUCCUCGAGGUCGCCAAGUCCGUCGUCGCCGUCGAGCUCGACCCGCGCAUGGUUCUCGAGCUCAAUCGCCGGUUCCAGGGUACUCCUCACUCCAGCCGCCUCAAGCUAAUCGAAGGAGAUGUUCUCAAGUGCGAGCUUCCCUACUUCGACAUGUGCGUAGCCAACAUCCCCUACCAGAUCUCCUCCCCUCUAACUUUUAAGCUGUUGGCCCACCGUCCGGCCUUCAGGUGUGCUGUCAUCAUGUUCCAGCGCGAGUUCGCUAUGAGAUUGGUUGCAAAUCCCGGCGAUGCUCUCUACUGCCGUCUCUCGGUCAACACUCAACUCCUUGCCCGCGUCUCUCAUCUCCUUAAAGUUGGCCGGAACAACUUUAGGCCGCCGCCAAAAGUCGACUCCUCUGUUGUGCGAAUAGAGCCUAGGAGACCGCUCCCUCCGGUUAGCUUCAAGGAGUGGGAUGGGCUGGUGCGCCUUUGUUUCAACCGGAAGAACAAGACUCUGGGAUCCAUCUUCCGACAAAAGAGCGUUCUCUCGUUGCUAGAAAGGAAUUACAAGACAUUGCAAGCCUUGCAAGCCACCCAGAAAGUACAGAUGGAGGAGGAUAAGGUGUCUUCGGAAGAUGUCACAGUUUUGGCAGAGAUGAUUGAGGAGCUUAGCAUGGGCGACGACGACGACGAGAAAGAGGUGGAGGAGGAGGAGGAGGAGGAGAUGGAAGAAGACAUUGAUCUGGUGGGGGAAGGAGGUGAGAGUUGCAGUUUCAAGGAGAAAGUGUUGAGAGUUCUGAAGCAGGGAGAUUUUGCAGAGAAGAGGGCAGCCAAGCUUACACAGGUUGAUUUCUUGUACCUGCUUUCGCUCCUCAACAAAGCAGGAAUACACUUGUCCUGAACCAUUAUGGUUUGCAUUCUUUCCUUCAAUUGUUUUGGAUAUAUAUUUCAUUCUUUUUCAGGUUCUUAAUCUGUCUUUUGCUUUA